AUGACAAGCUCGCGGGUGGCAAGUAACCCGCGCACCUUUACGGGCACCCCGCGCACCCCUACAACACCCAACUAUGGCGCCGCCGCCGCCGGACCCUCUGGCACCGACGGGUCAGCCCAGGGUACCCCGACGCGUACCGGCACACGCGACGAGUACACAUCGCUGUCGUCGUUGAUGGGCGGUCCCGAGAGUCCCAAGGGCAAGGCGAGGGACAGCACCGCGUCAGGAUGGAGACUGCCCAUCUCAGAGGGAGGCGAGGCCGAGGUGCCAAACGGGACCGGCAAGAAGGGCGCGCGGCCGCAUCUGUCGCUGUGGAAUCUCAUCGCUCUCACCAUCGCCAUGGGUGGUAGCCAGAUUGUGUGGGCAGUGGAACUGGGCUACGGCAAUCCGUACCUGCUGGAGUUGGGUCUGAGUGAGCAAAACACAUCGCUUGUGUGGCUCGCGGGGCCGAUCUCGGGACUCGUUGUCCAGCCCCUCAUUGGAGCCAUCUCCGACUCGAGCACGUCGCGGUAUCGCCGUCGAUUCUGGGUGGUGGCGAGCACCGCGCUGUUGGUGUUAUCGCUGGUAUCCCUGGGGUACACUCAACCAGUGUCGCGAGCGAUCGUCGACCUCGUCGGCGGAGGCCAAGGGGACUGGGAUCCCAAAUACCAGGCCAUGCGCACUGCCAUCAUCAUUGCAGUCUUUGCCUUUUACAUGCUAGACUUUGCACUUAACGGACUGCAAGCGUCGCUUCGCAACCUCGUCUUUGAUGUCACCCCGACCGAGCAACUCAACACAGCCAACGCGUGGAAUGGACGCUUCAACCACAUUGGUAACAUUGUUGGAUUCUUCAUGGGCUUCGCCAACCUCAAUGGCGUGCCAAUUGUCCGCUGGAUUGGUGGCGACCAGUUCCGCAAACUGUGUAUUCUGUCGCUCCUUAUCCUGCUCGUCACUGUGUGGAUCACCUGCGCGAUGGUCAAGGAGGAUGAGCGCCCUACGGGUUUUGGCGAGCGGCGACCCAAGCUUCGUGACAUGAUCAACACUAUCCACGAAGCGGUCCUCAACCUCCCCAAACCUGUGAGGCGUAUUUGCAUGGUACAGAUCGCCGCAUUCAUGGGUUGGUUCCCCUUCCUCUUCUACGCCACGACAUACGUGGAAAACGUCAUGUCCCACGAACUAGGGCGCGAAGCAGACGGCAACGACGCGACGCGUGCAGGCAGCUUGGCUCUCUUGAUCUACUCCUUUGUUGCUGUCAUCGCGGGUACCGUCCUUCCGUAUCUUUCCGAGCGUGACCAGCGCCUCCUCCCCACCGACGUUGAAGUCGAGGGGGCCGACCAUGACGAUAUUGACGAGCACGAGCGGAUCCGAGAGCUGGUUAACCAGUGGAAGGCCGACGUUCACCGCCAGGGUCGCGAGCUCAAGCUGCCAAGAAUUAUGAUAUCACUCGUCGGCAUCUGCUGGGCAGUGGCGUGCUGGGUCCCAUUUGCCAUGAUUAUGGAAUUCCUGAAGGAACUCGAGGCCGACAGCUCGCGUCCCACUCCACCUGCAUCGCGCACCGGUGCACCCCACUCCAACUCGCUCGGCGACAGCUGGCACUCGCAGCCCUCUUCCCCAUCUCGCGUGCGCGAUAGCGAGCGCGGGCCGCUCAUGAUGAGGAGCUACAGCACAGCCGACCUCGAGGGUGCCAGUGUAGAGUAUAUUGGCCAGGGCCCCGUCGCUGGUGGUACCAUAAUGGGUAUCCACAACCUCGCCAUCGUUCUGCCGCAGUUCAUCAUUGCCAUUGUCGCCUCCAUCAUCUUCAAACUCGCCGACGGUGGCAAGGACGUGACUGACGCGGCUGGAUUCAUGGGUGACAGCGACGACCCAGGAGGACCAGGUGCGCCGCACUAUGUGGACAGGACUGGCGUUGCUUGGGUCCUGCGGUUUGGCGGUCUCAUGGCGCUCGUGGGCGCCGCAAUCUGCCGCCGUGUGCCGCCAACCAAGACGGAGAAAGUGAUGCGUAGGCGAUUGGCCGAGAUGCGCGAGGAGGCCGGAGAGUAG